CAUCAUAUAUCAUCAUCAUGUAUCAUCAUCAUGUAUCAUCAUGUAUCAUCAUAAUCAUGUAUCAUUAUCAUGUAUCAUUAUCAUAAUCAUCACCGACACUUAAGGUAAGGGUACGGUGGUGGUGGGUAGGUAUACUAGAGCAGCGUAGACAGCAACAGCAAACUUCGUUCAAGUACUACUUUUAUCAUUCCCCAGGUCUCCUUCGGUUUGGGUUCCGCCUUCGCCGACAGUCUCAUCCUGUUUGCUGUCAUGCGUUUUGGUGCAGGUCUUGCCUCAGCAGGUGGUCUGUUAGUACGCUUCGUAUACUGCAUGGAGUUAUCAACGUUCUCUCUUCGUACUGCCAUCGGUAUCAUCUCUAAUCUUUUCAUCAUGAUUGGAGCAGUGAUUCUGUCGUUCGUGGCUUACAUGAUACGUGAUUGGCGCCAUUUGAUGCUUGCUAUCGCUCUUCCUGGUGCACCUCUUCUGCUACUAUGGAAGUGGAUUCCAGAAUCUUUUCCAUGGCUCAUCGCCAAAGGAAGACUCGAAGAAGCACAGGAAGUCUUAGAAAGCUUCGCCUCAGCAAGCGGAGUUAAUGUUGAUUCCAACCAACUGGCUUCGACUAUCAAAAAAAUCAAGAUGUUGGAUGCAAGUGAAGCUACCGAGAAGAGUAAAGCUGGGAUACUGGAUCUUAUCAAAACCCCUAAAAUGAGAAAACGCACGUUUAUCCUAACCUUUAAUUGGUUCGUCAAUUGUGUUGUAUUUUAUGGCAUCACUUUGAAUGCUAAAAAUCUCGGUGGAUCGUUUCAUCUCAACGUAUUUAUUUUAUUCGCUGUCGGCAUACCUUCUAUUCUUUUUCUCUGGCUCAUCUUCRAAAAGUGUGGACGUCGACUAGGUUAUUCAACAUUAAUGAUAUUUGGUGGUCUGGUAUGUUUGAUGGUUUUGGCUGUCCCAAAGACCACAGGUGAUAGCCCUGCCAUUAAGGUGCUGGCUGUGAUAGGCAUUUUCUGUAUCAACGCAACAUUUAGUGGUGUAUACAUCUACACAUCUGAACUAAGCCCAACUCUACUCAGAAAUGUUGCCCUUGGAGUUGGUUCAAUGAUGGCUCGUGUCGGAGGAAUCAUCGCUCCCUACAUCGUGUUUCUUAACGACUUUGUUCAAAACCUUCCCCUCAUCAUCUUUGGAGGCAUGGCAUUCUUUGCUGGUAUUACGGCUCUGUUUUUACCCGAAACACUCUUCAGUCCCAUGCCCCAAACCGUGGAGCAGGUGGAGGACUGGAAAGAGGAUUAUGGAGUUCCUUGCAGAAAGGAUAAGCAGGUGGCAGAAAAACAGGAAUUCGUGUUGAAUGAAAUAGAAAAAGGAGAGAAAGAGGAAUCUAAGUUCUAGUUAGCCAAUCAAAAACCCAUGUCCGCAUGCCUGCUAAUGAGUUAUCUUAGACAUAUAUAUAUACGCAAGUGUUUGAGAAACUAUUCUUUAUUCAUAUUCAAGUAUUUUAAAUAAGCAUUUAGUGUUUUUAUAAUCUUGGACGAUCUUUUGCAGCAGUAGGUAUCAUCGUUUCAUAUGAAUGUGUCACUGGUAGCCACACGCCGAACUGUUUAAGAUCUUGAGUAAGUUGCAUUAGUAAGUUGUACCUUCAGUUGGAGCAGGUUGUUAUACCGUGAAACAGUUCCCUGCUUUCAUACAAAUAGAUCGAUUACAGGUAAUCCUCUUUAAUAUAUGGCACUUUCUCACUCCUACUCCUACUCCUACUCCUACUCCUACUCCUACUCCUACUCCU